UCUAUAUAGACAAGAUGACUUGUGCCAUUUACUCAAUCACAGCAUACUGUGUUUACAAAGAGCAAAAAGAAGAGUUAAAGAGUUUCUGAAGAGUACGUUAUUCGAAGAUGAGUUCAACAAGCAGAGCUUGGAUAGUGGCAGCCAGUGUUGCAGCAGUUGAAGCCUUGAAAGAUCAAGGAUUCUGCAGGUGGAACUACACCAUCAGAUCAUUACACCAACAUGCCAAGAACAACAUCAGGUCAGUUUCUCAGUCGUCGAAGAAGUUGUCUUCUUCAUCUUCUGCUGUGGUUUCAAGCAAAAUAAGAGAACAGCAAGCAAAGCAAGCGGAGGAGUCUUUAAGAACAGUCAUGUUCUUGAGCUAUUGGGGUCCCAAUAACUAAGCUGAUCGAGAGUCUCUUUAUGAGAUUGCAGAUAUAUAUCUCCUUUCCAAGUAAUUGGAAACUUGUAAAGAGCAAUAUAUAAAAUUUUGUAGAAUUAUUACCACCCA